AUGCAGCUAGCUGUUCCUCUUCAUGUCAAGUAUAUACAGUCGCUAGGAGAGGUUCAUGACCUGACAUACCACCUCACUGAUCAUCUGCGCAUGAAUGCAAUAUACUGGGGCCUCACAGCGCUAUGUGUGAUGAAGCACAAGGACGCGCUUGAUCGCGAAGAAAUGAUCGACUUUGUAAUGAGUUGCUGGGACGACCAAGCAGGAGCAUUUGGCGCGCAUCCCGAUCACGAUGCGCAUAUCCUUUCGACAUUGAGCGCAAUACAGAUCCUGGCUACCCAAGGCGCGCUAGAUAGGAUAGAUGUGCCUCGCGUCGUCAAAUUCAUCAUGUCCCUCCAGCAGCCAUCUGGCGUUUUCGCGGGUGACUCGUUCGGCGAGAUCGAUACGAGGUUCCUGUACUGUGCUGUCAAUGCCCUGUCCCUCCUAGGAAAGCUCGACGAGCUCGACGUGGAGAAGACCGUCGGGUAUAUUCAGAAAUGCAAGAACUUCGACGGGGGCUUCGGCGGGUGCGUCGGUGCCGAGAGCCACGCUGCACAAGUCUUUGUGUGUACAGCUGCGCUGGCGAUUCUGGACGGGCUGGAUGUGAUUGACCAUGAGACGCUUGCUUGGUGGCUAGCCGAGCGGCAGCUGCCUAACGGCGGUCUCAAUGGUCGGCCUGAGAAGCUCGAGGAUGUGUGCUACAGUUUCUGGGCGGUCUCGUCGAUGUCCAUACUCAACAAGCUCACGUGGAUCGACGCGGAUAAGCUGACGCCGUUCAUCCGCUCUGCUCAGGAUUUGGAGAAUGGCGGAAUAGCAGACAGACCGGGAGACCAGCCGGACGUGUUCCACACGCAUUUUGGCGUUGCAGGUCUGUCGCUCCUUGGAUAUCCAGAACUGGAAGGCCUCGAUCCCGUGUAUUGCAUGCCUGCGAGUCUGAUCGAGAGUAUGGGGCUAAAGAAGGGUUGAAAAGCUCUGCCGAGAAAAGGAGCAUGAAUAGACAUAACCCCCAAAGUAAAGAAGUCUACACAUCACUCAUGAUCACACUCAUAGCAAUGGUUGUUUUACUCGUGCAUCACUGUGCAAUAGAUAUGUCGCUGAACGACACAGCGCGGCGUUUUCGAAGUGCAAAGGAUAUUCCCACUCGUAGCGUAUGCCCACAAUGUCUAGAUCCAUUAAAGAGGAACUGACGCUCCGGGAGAGAAUUGAAAGUUUGCGUGUGCGAGGGAGGGCGAGUCUGGGAAGACGCUCCAUGAAACACCUCAAACUGAGCACUGAUAGUUGAUGGAGUCAUAUAUAGCAAGAAAAUGGCAUGUUUGUAGGCUGUCAGUACAAUAAAUAUGAUCAGAUCAAC